GGAGGAGGAAGAGGAGGCCGACCAACAAGAUGGCCCCUGCUGCAGGAGCAGCCUCAGCAGCAGCAGGUGGGAGGCCGGAGGCGGCGCUGGCGGUGGCGGCGGCGGCCGUGGCCCGGUGGUCUAGGACAGAGUCAGAGUCGACGGUGGCAGCGGCGGCGGCGUUGGCUGCCGCGGCGGUGGCGACGGCCGCGGGGACUCGGAGCUGAGAGGAGCUGCUGCUCGGACCAGCGCGGUUAUAUUUCACACUAUGUGCUGACUGUAUCUACAGAAGAUAUUUAAAAAAAAAAAACUUUUUUCAAAGAUUUUGAUUCCAGUGGAAUCUUUGCUUUAGAUUAUUUUGCGUGUGUGUGUUAGUGAAUUGUAACUCCAGUUAACAAUGCCUGUACAAGCUCCACAGUGGACGGAUUUCCUCUCCUGCCCAAUUUGCACUCAGACUUUUGAUGAAACAAUUCGAAAGCCCAUCAGUUUGGGUUGUGGCCAUACUGUCUGCAAGAUGUGCCUGAAUAAACUGCACCGCAAGGCUUGCCCAUUUGACCAGACCACUAUCAAUACAGACAUUGAGCUCCUCCCUGUGAACUCGGCAUUGCUGCAGCUAGUGGGUGCUCAGGUCCCUGAGCAGCAGCCCAUUACUCUGUGUAGUGGGGUUGAAGAUACAAAGCAUUAUGAGGAAGCCAAGAAAUGUGUAGAAGAGUUAGCAUUGUACCUGAAACCACUCAGCAGUGCUAGAGGAGUGGGUCUGAAUAGCACUACUCAGAGUGUUCUCAGUCGCCCAAUGCAGAGGAAGCUGGUGACUCUGGUCCACUGCCAACUUGUGGAAGAGGAAGGCAGGAUUCGUGCUAUGAGAGCAGCUCGAUCUUUAGGGGAACGAACAGUUACAGAGCUCAUUCUUCAACACCAGAACCCUCAGCAACUGUCCUCCAAUCUUUGGGCAGCAGUCAGAGCUAGGGGCUGCCAGUUCCUUGGACCAGCAAUGCAGGAGGAAGCUCUAAAGCUAGUUCUCUUGGCCUUAGAAGAUGGUUCUGCUUUGUCAAGAAAAGUAUUGGUUCUCUUUGUGGUGCAAAGGUUGGAGCCACGGUUUCCUCAAGCCUCUAAAACUAGCAUUGGGCAUGUUGUCCAGCUCCUUUAUAGGGCCUCCUGCUUCAAGGUCACCAAACGUGAUGAAGACUCUUCUUUGAUGCAGCUGAAAGAAGAAUUUAGAACAUAUGAAGCUCUGCGGCGAGAACACGACUCCCAGAUAGUGCAGAUUGCCAUGGAAGCCGGCUUGCGGAUUGCACCAGACCAGUGGUCCUCAUUGCUUUAUGGAGACCAGUCUCACAAGUCUCAUAUGCAGUCAAUCAUUGACAAGUUGCAGACCCCAGCCUCUUUUGCACAGAGUGUUCAGGAACUAACAAUUGCUCUCCAGCGAACUGGAGACCCAGCAAACUUGAACCGACUGAGACCCCAUUUGGAGCUCUUGGCAAGCAUUGACCCUAGUCCAGAUGCUCCUCCUCCCACUUGGGAUCAGCUAGAAAAAGGGCUGGUGGCUGUGCGGACGGUGGUCCAUGGGCUGGUAGACUAUAUCCAGAACCAUAGCAAAAAGGGAGCAGACCAACAGCAGCCUCCACAGCACAGCAAAUAUAAAACAUACAUGUGUCGCGACAUGAAGCAGAGAGGAGGAUGCCCUCGUGGGGCCAGCUGUACAUUUGCACACUCACAGGAGGAACUGGAGAAGUUUCGUAAAAUGAACAAACGCCUGGUUCCCAGAAGACCUCUGAGUGCCUCUUUGGGUCAACUUAAUGAGGUGGGCCUGCCUUCAGCAGCUGUCCUUCCAGAUGAAGGUGCAGUGGAUCUGCCUAGCAGAAAAACCCCUGCUCUGCCAAACGGAAUUGUAUCAGCAGGGAACACAGUAACACAGCUGAUUCCACGAGGGACAGACCCCACCUACGAUUCUAGUCUGAAGCCAGGAAAGAUAGAUCAUCUGAGCAGUAGUGCCCCUGGAUCCCCGCCUGACCUGCUAGAAUCUGUCCCUAAGAGUAUUUCUGCCUUACCUGUGAAUCCACAUCCUGUACCUCCAAGGGGGCCAACAGACUUGCCUCCCAUGCCUGUCACCAAACCCCUUCAGAUGGUCCCACGAGGUUCUCAGCUCUAUCCAGCACAGCAGGCGGAUGUUUAUUACCAGGACCCUCGAGGAGCUGCUCCGCCAUUUGAACCAGCACCGUAUCAGCAGGGUAUGUACUAUACUCCACCGCCACAGUGUAUGUCCCGCUUUGUCAGACCGCCACCAUCUGCUCCUGAACCUGGCCCUCCCUACUUGGAUCACUAUCCACCCUAUCUCCAGGAUCGUGUAGUAAACUCACAGUACGGCACCCAGCCACAACAGUACCCACCUAUGUACCCACCACACUAUGAUGGCCGCCGUGUGUACCCUGCUCAGCCUUACACAAGAGAGGAGAUUUUCCGAGAAAGUCCUAUUCCCAUUGAGAUUCCACCUGCAGCAGUACCAUCCUAUGUGCCAGAAUCCAGAGAGAGAUACCAACAGGUGGAGGGUUACUAUCCAAUGGCUCCUCAUCCAACUCAGAUCAGACCUUCGUACAUCAGAGAGCCUCCUUAUAGCCGGCUUCCUCCUCCUCCUCAGCCCCAUCCUAGUCUAGAUGAGCUACACCGCAGACGAAAGGAAAUAAUGGCCCAGCUAGAGGAAAGGAAGGUUAUCUCUCCACCUCCUUUUGCACCUUCACCGACAUUGCCUCCUACCUUUCAUCAAGAGGAGUUUUUGGAUGAAGACUUGAAGGUAGCUGGGAAAUACAAAGGAAAUGAUUACAGCCAGUAUUCUCCCUGGUCAUGUGACACCAUCGGCUCCUACAUUGGAACCAAAGAUGCAAAACCCAAAGAUGUUGUGGCAGCCGGGAGUGUGGAAGUGAUGAAUGUGGAGAGUAAAGGAAUGAGAGACCAGCGAUUGGAUCUUCAAAGAAGAGCAGCAGAAACCAGUGAUGAUGACCUUAUCCCUUUUGGAGACCGACCAACCGUAUCUCGGUUUGGGGCCAUCUCUCGAACCUCGAAAACAAUAUAUCAGGGUGCUGGUCCAGUGCAGACUAUGGCACCUCAGGGAGCUCCCACAAAACCUAUUAACAUUUCAGAUUAUAGUCCAUAUGGAACCCACAGUGGCUGGGGAGGUUCUCCGUAUUCACCUCAUCAAAACAUACCUUCUCAGGGACACUUCAGUGAGAGGGACAGAAUGUCCAUGUCAGAAGUAGCCAGUCAUGGAAAACCCCUUCCAUCUGCUGAGCGGGAACAACUACGACUAGAAUUGCAGCAACUAAACCAUCAAAUUAGCCAGCAGACCCAGCUACGUGGACUAGAGGCUGUUAGUAACAGGCUGGUGUUGCAGAGGGAGGUGAGCACCCUGGCAGGCCAGUCCCAGCCCCCACCACCUCCUCCAAAAUGGCCUGGAAUGAUUUCAAGUGAGCAGCUGAGCUUGGAACUGCACCAGGUGGAGAGGGAAAUCGGGAAGAGAACCCGGGAACUGAGUAUGGAGAACCAAUGUUCUCUGGACAUGAAAAGCAAAUUGAAUACAAGUAAGCAAGCCGAAAACGGACAACCAGAACCACAAAAUAAGGUUCCAGCUGAGGACCUUACGUUGACAUUCAGUGAUGUACCAAAUGGAUCAGCUUUGACACAAGAGAAUAUCAGCCUCUUGUCAAACAAGACCAGCUCUCUGAACCUGUCAGAGGACCCUGAGGGAGGAGGUGACAACAAUGACUCACAGAGAUCGGGAGUCACACCCAGUUCUGCUCCCUAAAUUAUGAAGCAUCCUGCUUUUACCUUCUGCUCCUGAUCAAUUUGUGGGGCGUAGGGGUAGGAGAACAGACACCUUGAAACUGUUUCUCUGCGAGCGGUCAGAGAAAUCCAGGAAGAGUACCGGAGGCGAUGUGCACAAACACCACUACUAAAAACAAACCCUGCACAUAGUUCACAUUAAUGCAUUUUUUUAAUUUAAAAAAAAAAAAGAAAAAGAAAAUUAGCAGUAUC